AGUUAUUCUGAUCAGGUUCAGGUCAAGAAGGAACCUAGUCCCAAGGCCACAGCCUCAUCCAAACCCAGCAGCUCCAAAGCCAUCAUUAUUCCCAAACCUUCACCGGCUACCAAGCCCCGGAGUUCAAGUUCCCGCAAAACGAAGGAGCCUGAUUCCCCUGUCAUUUCUGACACCUUUCCUUAUGAGAAGCACGGGUUCAUUGAAGCUAGCGGGUUUAUGACUUCCUUUCUUAACCAGGGUCUUGAGCGUCUGGUUCACCUAUAUCAAGAAUCCUGCAGGCUUAACAAGACGCUUGAAUCCAAGCUAAAGGAAGCAGAAAUCACAAUCUCUGAUCAAGGCAUGAUUGCAGCCGCCAAAUCCCGUCAUUACGAGGAGAAAUUCAAAGCUAUGACUCAAGAACACCAGACUGCUCUCAACAGAGCUACUCUUCAAGCCCAGGCCGAUCUUGAAGCUGUCCAUAUGCAACAUGAACAGGAUAUGGUCAGCUACCGGGAAAACCUUAAGAGUUCCGUCGUUAUUUCUCUUCUCCAAGCCAGGUUGAAGAUGGCCCAUGAAGCCAAAGCAUUAGGUUAUGAAUGCCCUUCUUGGGACGUCGGUGCUUGGGAGACCAAGCUAAAGAACCUUGGCGGCACUUCUUCUAAACCAGCUAUCGCUGAAUCUUCCAAAGCAGUUGAAAAAGCAACCCAUACUGAGAAGGAUGCUGAGGAGGAUCCCAAGAUGGAUGCUGCUGGAAUCAUUAUGGACGAAGAAGAUACUGCCCCCUAA